AUGGACAAGAUCGUCGACCCGACCAUAGGCAAGCACGGCAUCGGCAAACCGUACCUGGAGAUGCGCAAUGAUACUGAAGUCCUUCAGAUGAAGAGAGAGGGACCCGCAGCCGAUCCCGGCCAUCAAUGCACCCGCGGCCAUGAACUUCGGCAGCUGCUCUUCGGCCCUCACGAAGAUGACCACGGGCCUCUACCAGAGAGGGUGCUCGACCGUGCCAUCGUGACCGUGUCCAUUGUCGAGCAGCUCAUCGCAGAAUGUCUCCUUUUCCGUUAA